AUGAUCUUCAAGAACUUGCUCUUCUUCUUGCAUUUGUGGGUGCUAGCGGCUGCCAGGGCUCUGGGAGACGAAUAUGCCUCCGAUCCCAACAUUUACGAGCUUACCCCAUCCAAUUUUGACAAGGUGGUACAUUCCACCAACUACACCACAAUAGUCAAGUUCUACGCUCCAUGGUGUGGAUACUGCCAGCAGUUGAAGCCUGUGUACACCAGGUUGGCCAGAUUGAUGCAUAGGGACGGGCAGUAUGCCAUCAACGUUGCCUCGGUGAACUGUGACAAGGACUCGAAUAAGGCAUUGUGUGCCAAGUACCAGGUGCAAGGAUUCCCAACCUUGCUUGUAUUCAGACCUCCCAAGCAUGUCGAGGGAAAGAAACGGGCAGGCAAGCAUGCCACAGAGACCUACAAUGGCGAAAGAAACAUAAAGGCCAUGUCUUCGUUCCUCACCUCCAGACUCAAGAACUACGUGAAAAAGUUCCCAAACUUGAAGGGCGAUGUUUUGAAGCAGUGGUUCAAGAAGGACGGUCCUAAGUUGUUCUUGAUCUCCAAUAAUGCACAGAUCAGCCCCAUGCUCAAGUCUCUUGCCAUCGACUUCAUUGACACCGUCAACUUCGGCAUGACUUCUAUCAAGGGCAAAACCGUGAAGGAUGUCAUCGAAGUCAACGGUAAAGAGCUCGAGAUCGACACUGCAGUACCCGCGUUAUUCUACUACGACGAAGCCAAUAAUGCCUUGGUGAAGUACGACAAGACAGAGAAGUUGAACGACAAGAAAAGUAUCAGCCAAUGGAUCAUGGAUGUUACAGGCCACAUCCCAUUGGAAGGAUCAUUAUCCAAGAAGGAUAAGAGAUAUUACUCAUACUACAGGCUCAACAAGAAGGUGCCUAAAAAGAAGGAGUACGACGAGUUGUAA